UGUUACCGGAACGGAUUUCCGAUUUGUUUCCUUUAUUAGUAUUUCUGUAAUGUCAGACGCAUUUCCUGUCAAAUUUGUUCUGCUUUCAACACUUAUAUUUGCUGGUUAUAAGCGCCAUAGAUCUUUUACCCUCAGUAGAAGGAGGAAUAAACAUAUCCAAAUUUAUAGUGUUCUUUGAUUUUGGGUCAUGUAACAUCACAGUAAAAGAUCUUAUACAGCAACAGCAAAGAUGUGUCAAGCUGAAGGACAUGCGUUUUCAGACAAAAUACAGUCAUUUUGUGAAAGUAGAGAUGAUUACGAUAAAUCAUUGGACAAAAACAUUGAAUUGGUUAAACAACUACUUUCAGACUUUGAUGAAUGCUUUGAUCAAGUUCAUGUUAGUAAUAAGCCAUCUCCACAAAGAAGUUCAUCUGUGCAGGCGUCUCCUGAUAGAAGUCUACCUGUGCAACAAUCUUUUUGCAUAGAUUCUCCUGUGCCACAACAACCAUCUGUAAGUACAGAUUCUGUAACAUUAGCUAGUACAGCUACCCAACAAAGACAAUCAAAAGAACUUGAAGCCAAACGUAUUAGAUUAAAGUGUUUAGAAACUGAGAUUGAGAUUCGGAAGCAAACAGCAGAGUUAGAGGCACUGUUAGAGUUGAAAAGUGCUCAAAGUGACUAUCUGUUAAGUUUAGAUGAUCAUGAUCAGACUUUAGUUAAAAGAAUAGAUUCUGAUGAACGAUUUUGUAGUGACACAAAGACAGAUUCUAAUAACAACAACCAUGUAACUUUUUCAUCUAGUACUCCGCAUGGCCAGGCUAGCCAAAAGUUCACAAGUGAUAAUUAUGAACAACCAAGUAAUAUUGAACCAGUUUCAACGCUAAAUGCAUCUGCUUCAGCAUUUAAACCAAGAACAAUAGAUGAUUCAACCUUACAAUCUGCCACUGGACUAAGUCGCUUUUUGAUUAAGAAAGAUCUCAUCUUAAAUCGCCUAUCGAAAUUUGACGAUAAUCCCAUGCUAUAUGUUUCAUGGAAAAUAAAUUUUAAGGGCAUCAUGCUAGAAUUAGACACUUCUUCUACAGAAGAACUCGAUUUAUUAGUACGUUGGCUAGGGCCUGAGUCAUCAAAACAUGCGUCAACCAUUCGUGCAUGUAAUGCGAUAAAUCCAGGUUUAGCAGUUGAGAAAAUUUGGGAACGACUAGAACAAAGGUUCGGUUCGCCAGAAGUCAUAGAGACAUGCUUAAAAAGAAGAAUUUCGUCAUUCAAGGUCAUUGACAAACAAGACCCAAAACGCUUAUAUGAGUUAGCAGACCUUGCUUCUGAAAUAGCUUCAAUAAAAUGUCAACCUCAGUAUAACAUUCUGUUUUCGUAUUUUGACUCCUCGACAGGAGUUAAUCUCCUCAUUUCCAAACUGCCAUGGAAUCUCCGUGAGAAAUGGACAUCAGAUGCAACAAGAUACAAGGAACGAGAACAAUGUGUCUAUCCCCCGUUUACAUUUUUCGAACAAUUCAUACAGAGAAUCGCUAAAAUGAAGAAUGACCCAAGUUUUCAACUUACCGGUACUCAUGAGAAAACAAGUAGUGCAAGCGAACAAGAUCGCACGUAUAGGAAAUCGUACAGAAAUGUGAACAUUUCUACUCAUAAAACAGAAACAAUUGCAGAGGAAAGAAAAACAAACAAUGAGUUACACAAGGAAAAUUUGUGCCCGAUACACAAGACAAAUCAUCUUCUUAAUGAUUGUAUGGCAUUCCGGAAGAAACCCUUAUCGGAAAGACGAAACUUUAUUCUAACAAACAGUAUUUGUUUCAAAUGUUGUGGUCCAACAAAGCAUAGGGCUGCAAACUGUAAAUAUGACAAUAUUAAAUGUGCUAUAUGUAAGAGUCAAUCACAUCCCACAGCACUUCAUGUGGAGGUCUCAGUCCAAGAAGGGGAGGGGACCAAGGACUCUGGUGAUGAUGUUAAGGUGUCGUGUACACAGGUGUGUGGGUAUCCUGAAAAUACAAGCAAAUCAUGCGCCAAAAUUAUUCCGGUAAAAAUUGUAAAUCACAACAUGCCUGAAAAACAUCGUAUUGUCUACGCAAUGAUUGAUGAUCAGAGUUCGCACACAUUAGCAACAUCUAACCUCUUUAACGCAUUCCAGGAUCAUGGACCUGAUAUAAAUUAUUCGUUGAUUUCUUGUGCUGGUAAAGUUCAAGCAAGUGGUAGGCAAGGAACUGGAUAUUCUGUUCAGUCUUUAGAUGGAAGUUGUAUGUAUAAAUUGCCAAACAUUAUAGAAUGUAAUGACAUUCCUUGCAAAGGAGACGAGAUUCCGUCUCCAGAAAUUGCGUUUCAAUAUCCCCAUCUCAAACCAAUAUCCAAAUAUAUUCCUAAAGUGAUGGAAGACAUAGAAAUAGAGCUAUUAAUUGGUCGAGACAUAUCUGCAGUGCAUUAUGUAUUAGAUCAGAGAACUGAGGGAGACCGGCUCCCAUUUGCACAAAAGUUACCCUUAGGUUGGGUCAUUGUUGGACAAGUCUGUCUUGGAAAUGCACAUGUUCCUGAAAUAACUGUAUACAAAACAUACAUCACAAAUAGCGGUCGACCAACAUUAUUUGAACCUUGUCAAAGUAAAAUUAAGGUUGAAACCGAUUUAUUUAUAAAAACAGAUAAGGAUAACAAAAUAGGACUUUCAGUGGACGAUACACGUUUUCUAAGGUUAAUGGACUCAGAGUUUGAAAAAGACACUGAUGGGCAUUGGACCGCACCUUUGCCAUUUCGUAAGAAUAUUCAACCAUUGCCAGAUAACAAAGCUCUUGCGUUAAAACGCGCCAAUUCUCUUGACAUGAAUUUGCGCCGUAAUCCUACUAAGUUGGAACAUGUGAAGUUGUUUAUGGACAAAAUAUUUGAACGUGGUCAUGCUGAAAAAGCACCAAGUCUAUUACCGAAUGAUAAGCGAUGGUAUUUGCCCAUGUUCGGGGUAUACCAUCCUCGAAAGCCAGAAUCUAUCAGAGUUGUUUUUGAUUCGUCCGCUCAAUUUGGAGGUGUAGCCCUCAAUGAUGUGUUAAUGUCGGGCCCAGACUUGUCGAAUAGUCUUCAAGGAGUUCUGCUUAGGUUUCGUCGUGAACGCGUUGCAGUAACCGCUGAUGUGGAACAAAUGUUUCAUAACUUCCGUGUUAAGACCGAUCAUCGCAACUAUCUUCGUUUCUUAUGGCACCCAAAUAGUGAUUUAAGUAAACCUCUGGAGGAGUUUAGAAUGACAGUUCAUGUAUUUGGCAACAGCCCUUCACCAGCUGUUGCCACAUAUGGUUUGCGUAGAUCUGUCCAAACGGCAUCUCUAGACGUUCAGAAAUUUGUAUCUAAGAACUUCUACGUCGAUGAUGGACUAAUAAGUUGUUCAAGUGUGUGCGAAGUCGUUGAUUUAGUGAAGAAUACACAAAGCGAAUUGAUGAAAGGCGGCAGAUUAAGACUACACAAAAUUGCGUCGAACUCAACAGAAGUACUUAAACAAUUUGCUAAAGAUGAUCUUGCGAAAGACUUGAAAAACAUUGACAUUGACGAAGAAAAUUUACCGUUGCAAAGAAGUCUAGGCAUAUCAUGGGACAUUAAUUUAGAUGCCUUUGUAUUUAGUGUCGAUACAGAACCGAAGCCAUUCACGCGCCGUGGGGUGCUCUCUACUAUCAACAGCUUAUUCGACCCCAUUGGUUUUACCGCACCAGUAACUCUAGAAGGAAAGUUAUUGCUACGCGAGAUUAUGUCAUGCUCUUCAUCUACCGACUGGGAUGAUCCGCUAGAGGAAGAUUUUCAUAAACGCUGGAAAUUAUGGGUUGACUCGUUGAAGAACCUUUGUGAAUUGUGUAUUCCAAGAAUGUAUUGUAUUUAUUCAGUUGAGAAUGCAAGUAGGUUAGAAGUUCAUGUUUUUUGUGAUGCAUCGAAGGAAGCUGUAGCCGCCGUUGCGUACUUAAAGGUGUUCUCAGGAGAAACUAGUGAUAUAGGAUUCCUUAUUGGAAAAACGAAGGUUGCUCCGAAGCACGGACAUACUAUACCCCGUCUGGAACUAUGUGCUGCUGUGCUUGGAAUAGACAUAGCAGAGAUUAUUAAAGAUCAAUUAGACAUAGACAAUGAAGACUUUCAUUUCUAUACUGACAGCCAAAUAGUACUUGGCUAUAUUUCGAACGAUGAAAAAAGAUUUUUUGUGUAUGUCGCAAACCGUGUAGGCCGAAUCAGAGCCUUUAGUAUGCCCAAACAAUGGAAUCAUAUCCCGACUAAAGAAAAUCCAGCUGAUCUUGCGACACGCCCGUUCUCUGCUAGUGAUUUACCAUCAAGCAAAUGGAUAAGAGGACCGAGUUGCCUAACAACGAAUUUAAAAACUAUCGAUGAUCUGAAUUUCCCGUUAGUGGAACCCGAUAUUGAUAAGGAAGUAAGGACUGUUAUUUCAACGGCUAAAUCAACUCUACAUGUAUCUACAUCUUGUCUGUUAUGUAACAGUAUUGAUAAAUUUUCUAAGUGGUCAAAAUUAGUUUGUAUGGUUCGACUUAUGAAAGUUUGCAUGCGUAGAAAAAGUGGCGACAAAUCAGCUGUUACAACAGAGGAAGCUGAACUUGUGGUUUUAAAACAUGUGCAAAACGAAUGUUUUCACACGGAACUUGAAGCAAUAGGAUGUGGUCAGAAUUUACCGAAGAAUAGUUCGUUAAUAUCACUCAACCCUAUCUUAGAUAACAAUGGUGUCUUGCGAGUUGGAGGUCGUAUCAGACAUAUGCUUACUAAGGGCGAUAAUACUGCAGACUUGCCACUAGACAAACAUCCAUAUAUUAUACCGAGAAACCACCAUGUCACAAUUCUUCUCAUAAGACAUUAUCAUGCGAAGGUUCAACAUCAGGGCAGGACAAUGACCGAAGGCGCAAUACGUGCUGCUGGUUUAUGGAUAUUAGGCGUUAAGCGAAAAGUCAAUAGUGUCAUCCAUAAUUGUGUACUUUGCAGGAAAUUACGUGGCAAGUUCGGUUGGACUCAAAUGGCAGACCUGCCAGCUGACAGGUUACAAGUUGAUGCACCGUUCACUUAUGUAGGUUUGGAUGUUUUCGGUCCAUGGCAAGUUAUUGUCCGUCGAACACGCGCAGCAAGUUCUUCAAACAAACGUUGGGGUCUAUUAUUGACAUGCUUAGUAUCUCGUGCAAUACAUGUGGAACUUAUUGAGGAAUUAAGUAGUGCCUCUUUUAUUAACGCUUUGCGAAGAUUUAUUGCUUUGCGUGGACCAAUUCAGGAAUUGAGGUCAGACCGUGGUACUAAUUUCAUAGGUGCUGCGAAGGAGCUUAAUAUUGUAUCAGAAUUCGUUGAAGACACUCCGAUGAAGCAGUUUUUAUCAGACAAUGAAAUAGUUUGGAUUUUCAACCCCCCUCAUGCAUCACAUUUUGGUGGUGUGUGGGAGCGCAUGAUAGGCUCAUGUAGACGUAUUCUAGAUUCAUUGUUAUUGCAAAAUAAGUUCAAGGAUUUAACACAUGAAGUACUUUCAACAUUAAUGUGCGAAGUCAGUGCCAUGGUCAAUUCGAGGCCAUUGGUUCCAGUUUCUAGUGAUCCUGAAAACCCGUCAGUUCUUUCGCCAUCUCUUCUUUUAACUCAGAAGCCUGCGUCGUCAAGUGGAUCUCUUGGACAAGUUGAAUUCGGAACAAAGGAUGCGAUGCGAAGCCAGUGGAAACUUGUUCAGUAUCUAGCCGAUCAAUUCUGGUCUCGUUGGCAAACAGAGUACAUCGAUAGCCUUCAGGCUCGUCCGAAAUGGAAAUCUGGAGGUGACAAUUUCCUUGAAGGUGAUGUCAUUCUCAUGCGGAAGACCGAGCUUCCUCGAAGUCAAUGGCCACUUGGUGUUAUUGACAAAGUAUUUGAAAGUGAUGAUUCUAAAGUUAGAAAGGUCCAAGUGUCUAUAGUCGUUGAUGGACAAAGGAAGUCGUAUGUGAGACCAAUAAGCGAAUUGGUUCGAUUGAUUGAAGCAUCUUAAAACUCUUCAGUUCGACAAUUGCAAGUGGUUUAUAUUAUAGAUACAUUGUGAGAUUUUUGAGAAAUUUAGUAUGAUUUUUUAUGUUCAUUCAUUGUCAUUUUUUUGAAUGUAUGUGUAUUGUGAGUAACAAUGUAUCACACAUCUUUUCUCUAGUUUUUCAAGUUUAACAUGCUAUAGAAGUAAUAAUUUACCAUCAUGUGAUUAAAGAUAAAUGAGUUAAUUUUUUAUAGCGAUUUUCAGUUAGAAAUAUCGGAAGGGGAGUGUAAUGUUACCGGAACGGAUUUCCGAUUUGUUUCCUUUAUUAGAAUUUCUGUAAUGUCAGACGCAUUUCCUGUCAAAUUUGUUCUGCUUUCAACACUUAUAUUUGCUGGUUAUAAGCGCCAUAGAGUAAGUUCUUUACAUUUAUUUAUCUUAAAACUAUUGUUAUAUAAAGUUUACAUAAGUAUUUUUACUGAUUAUAAAGUAUACGCUUUGAAUUAUUUCACACACAAACCACGUUGUUCAAAUCACUGUAUGAAAAGUGCGAAUCGUCAAAUGAGUUGAUCACAUGGGUCAUGUCAGAUUUUUUAAUGUUCACUGUAUGGAACGUGUGAAUCGUAAAAAGUUGGUUUUAUUUUCAAGAUUUUACUAGUAUAAAGUCGGUGUUAUUCAUCCAAUAUUUUUAUGUUUGAUAUUGAUUGUUUGUUAUAAAUGACUUAUCAUAUGAUUGAUACAUGCAUGUUUGCUUGUCAUUUACAUUGUGUUAUUUUCUUUUUUGUAGUCUUUUACCCUCAGUAGAAGGAGGAAUAAACAUAUCCAAAUUUAUAGUGUUCUUUGAUUUUGGG